CUCAUGGCGAGGAAGAGGAGGGCGCUGGCCGUCAAGAGCAGCAAUGCGAGGGCGGGGGAGGAGGAGGAGGACGCGGCGGCGGUGGAGGAUGAUCGCGUGGCGGAGCUGUGCCAGGCGAUAGAUUUGCAAGUGCAAGCGAGGGCGGCGGCGAUUCGAGCCAUCCGCGACGCGCAGAUCGCCGAGUUCCUGGCGCAGCUCCAGCUCCAGCAGGCGAGCUUGUCGGAGGAGAUGCUGGACAUGCCGAUUUGCGAGUUCCUGGAGCGGUUCUGCCCUAACACCGAGCUCGUGUGCAAGGAGAGCGGAGUGGUGGAGAUGAGGAAGAAGAAGCUGCUGACCAGCGAUGCCGGGGACCCUCUGGCUUCCUUGUUUGCGCUCAGUGCGCUCAAGAACACUAGCGCCACCGCCGCCAAAAAGAGCUCCGCUUCCUUCUUUUGCACGCCGCGAACCUUGGGGGGUGGGAUAUCCUCGAGCAUGAAGACUCGAAGUAUGCGCUGAGCUUUAGAGGCUGGGAUCUCGCACCAAACAACCAUUCUUUGGAUCAACUCUGCUCUCGCUUUGUUACAUCACACAAUUACUGGCAAAAUGUCCCUGUUCCUUUCCUAGUUUCCAUCGUGGACGGGAAGGAGGGCAGGUAGCUGGUCUUGUUGGAUGGAAUCAGGAAUCUCAUAUUGUGUUGCUCUUCUGUCAGAUCAGUCAAUCAGACGUUCUUCUCAAAUUGAUGUGCAACAAGGCAGUAUGUCCAUGCAUCACUUCGAAGUUUCAGGUCUCGUCAUGGAAGGGAUCCGUUGUUUCCGUCUUCCUAGCCGGAGCUGGUCAUUUGGAUAUUGGCAUGUGUACUUUUUUAGAUGGGGGUGACAUUAUGAAAUAGGUGUCAUGAGUUCGGAAGUUA